AUGCCUAUUGCGCCCAUCAUCACCUUCAAGGCCGGCCAGUGCGAGGUUGACGACGGCUCGUCGCAGCCUCUCAAGGUCAAGCCUCAGCCUCAGCCUGGAUAUCUCUAUCUGUACUCCGAAGAUGACUUGAUACACUUCUGUUGGCGCAAACGCAGCCAGUCUCUCGACGAGCCGGAGCUUGAUCUAGUCAUGGUGCCAACAGACGGCAGCUUUGUCCCUUACGAAUACGAUACAAACGCCGAACCCACUGCAAAGACGAAUGGUCGCAUUUUCGUUCUCAAGUUCGCAUCUUCGUCUCAGCGCUACCUGUUCUGGAUGCAGUCAAAACCACAAAGCCGCGACGGAGACCCCAGCUGGUUCAGCCCCAGAGAUCGUAAGAUUGGUGAAAUUGUCAACAGACUGCUUCAGGGCGAAGAUGUCAAUGUCACGGGCGAACUGUCUUCUGUACGAAAUGUCGAUGACCGAGACGGAGACGAAGACGAAGCCAUGGAGGAUGUCGAAGGCACGCGUGGUCAACAUACCCAUCACGGCAGUGGGAGCGGCGGGGCCGGUCCUGAUGCCACCGGAGGAGACAUCAGGGAAGAGGGCGAAGAGUCAAGAGAAGGUGGUGCUGAUGGUGCCAGAGCGGCUUCCUCGUCAGCACCAGACGCCGCAGCAGCUGUGAGAAACUUUCUGGAAUCACUGAGAGGCCAGCAAGGGCUUUCGGGAGGACAGCAACAACAGUCCGACCUGCCGUAUCCCCAUCUCAACCACCUUUUGCCCACCGCAAUCACAGUUCCGCUGAUCGACGGCGCAGCUCCUGAAUAUAUUGAUUCUUUGUUGAGCUUUCUGCCUCCAGCUGUAAUUGUCCUCGCCGCGGGGACGGCGGCUGAAGAAGAAAACCAGAAGGAACCAUCAGCGCGUGUCAUUGAGGCGGCCAGGGCAUCGCUCUCCUUGGACGACAAACGAGGCCUACUGAAGAAAGUUCUUAGAAGCCCGCAGCUCAGCCAGGCGUUGGGCGUUCUCACCAUGGCGCUGAGAGAUGGAGGACUCCCCGGGGUUGCAGAUGCCCUUGGCAUCAGGGUCGAGAACGGUGGUUAUAUGCAGGGUAGUGGAAUGCCGCUGGGCGGAGGCCAGGCGGUCAAGGCUUUUGUAGAUGGUGUCAGAAAGACUGUCCGGGAGAGGAGGCAGUGA